AUGCCAGGUCAAACUGAGGGUGAUGCUCCCCCGGUUACAAUCUCGUUCUCUCAACGUCCGAACGGCACGGUCGCAACAGUGACUGUCUCCAACCCGAGAAGGCUCAAUAGCUUGAAUACGACCGUCCUCGAUGCUUUUCUAUCUUCCGUUCCUCCGCUUGCGCAACGGUCCGACCUGCGCUGCGUAAUUGUGACCGGGGGACCAUGUUCUGUCGGUCAGCAAGCAUUUAUCGGUGGCGCCGACAUCUCGGAGAUGAAGGACUUUCUCAACGCUGCGGCCGGACGGACAUUUAUCAACAAGCUCCACCUGGCCUGUAAAGCGCUACGGGAUUUACCUGUCCCGGUCAUCGCUCGUGUCAACGGGCAUGCCCUCGGGGGCGGCCUCGUAGUGCUGGCGUCCGCAGACUUGCGCAUCGCCACGUCGGCCGCCCGCUUCGGGAUGCCUGAAGUGCAACGAGGCGUGCCCAGCACCAUCGAAGCGGCGAUGCUGCCGCUCCAAAUCGGCGCCGCGAGGGCCCGGAGGCUUCUAUUCCUGGGUGAUACCAUCUCAGCCCCGGAAGCGGAAUCUUGGGGUCUAAUCAACAAGGUCGUCCAGGCCGACGAGUUGGACAAGGCCGUGGAGGACUGGGUGGACAGAUUGUUGAUGAAUGGGCCACAGGCUCUGCGCAUCCAGAAGAAGCUGUUUACAAUGUGGGAAAAGGUUCCCCUGAAAGAAGCCAUCGAGGCCGGGGUCUGGGAGUUUGGCGUACCCUUCGAGGCGGAGGGGUUUGAGGCAGAGGGACGCAGGAUGAUGAAUGAGUUCCAGGCAGAGAACAGGAAGAGGAAAAGUAGACUUUGA